CUAGGUCUACUUUCUCUUUCUCUCUUUUACGCAUACUCCAUGGAUUCUCUUUACAACACAUACGUAAAGCUUCUCAUUUUCGACCUCCUUUCUCUAUCUCCAACCUCCUCUACCUCAACCGCCUUCUCCCGCAAGGGCAAACUUCUCUCCCGCGCCGAAACCCUAGGAAUCGUCACGACUCGAGAGAUCAAAUCCGGCAAAUUCAUCAAAUUUACCGUCGACGACGGCACCGGCUGUGUUACCUGUGUCCUCUGGCUGAACCAUCUAAGCUCCCCUUACUUCUCUCGUCGAAGUCCGUCGGAUGUUCAAAUCCUGGCCGAUAUCGCCGCUCGGUUUUCUUCACAGAUUCAACUCGGGGAGGUCGCGAGGGUGCGAGGGAGGAUCACUUCGUACAAAGGUAUGAUCCAAAUUACAGUUUCGGAUGUUUUGAUUGAGAAAGAUCCGAAUAUUGAGAUACUUCAUUGGCUUGAUUGUAUUAAGUUGGCUCGUAAGUGUUACGAUGUUGUUUGAUCUUCUUCUUCUUUGACCUAGACUAGAUAGUGUAUUUAUUGCUCUUCUGAGAUUAUUAAUGUCUAACAUUUCUCUUCUUCCAUUGUCGCGGCUUUGAUUCAUUGGUU